CCAGCCCGGCAGCCUGGGCUGCUAUGAUUUCUGCACUCGCUCCUGAUUGCUGGUCCCCAGCGAGCAGGCGUCAUUGAAUUACUCAGCCGCCUCCCUCUGCAGCUCCCAGGCCAAACCACCCAGGUUUGGGGCUUAAUCUAAUCUAGGGCUCGGGUGGGGUGGCUCGCCAGCCCACUGACUCUUUUUACCCCUCCAUCUGUAAGUCACACGCACCGCAGCCGUGGAAGUGAGUCGUAGUUUGGGCCGCCACACCGGACUGUUGUGCCUUUUAUCCCACACCCCACCCCUGUCCCCAAUCCUUUCAGCCACAAGAAGAGUCAAUGUGGGGCUCCCUGGAAUCCAGCACCGUCCACUUUCGAUCCAAGUGUGUUCUCCAAAAGGCUGGGAGAGGGGAAGGGAGAAGGGCAGGUUAAGGGUGACACGUGCUGUACCUUGAAUGGUGUGGCCUGUGGCUCUUGAACUCUCUGCAUCCCCAGCGCCUCCUGCCAGGGAAGUUCCACCUCCCUCCUUGAACCUCUGGCUCAGACUAGACGCUUGAAGAAAAGCUGCCAUCCAAGAAGACGACAUGCUUUCAGCACCCCCCCACCCCGUAUGGGAACGUUCACAGCUGGAUGAACAGCGAGAGGGUCCGCAUGUGUGGGAUCAGCAACGACAGGAAAAUUCCUGUAAACGAAGGUGACACUUCAAAGGCCGUACUGGAACUAAGGGAAGAAAACCCCUUGAAUCACAACGUGGUGGACGCGACCACGGCCCAUCGGAUCGAUGGCCUGGCAGCGCUGAGCAUGGACCGCAUGCACCGGCCUGAUCCGGGAAGGGCUGCGUGUCCCCGGAAACAUCGUCUAUUCUAGCUCGUGUGGACUGGGCUCAGAGAAAGGGCGGGAGGCUGCCACAACCAUAGGUGGUCUGGGGUUUUCUUCCGAAAGAAACCCAGAGAUGCAGUUCAAACCGAAUACACCCGAGACGAUGGAGGCCUCCGCUGUCUCCGGAAAGCCCCCAAAAGGCUUCAGUGCUAUAUACAAAGCGCCCCCCGGAAUACGAAAAAGUGCUGUCCCCACGGCAGAAACACUGGGCUUGGACAGACCUGCCAGCGACAAACAGAGCCCGCUCAACAUCAAUGGUGCUAGUUACCUGCGGCUGCCCUGGGCCAAUCCCUACAUGGAGGGGGCCAUGCCAGCCAUCUACCCUUUCCUCGACUCGCCAAAGAAGUAUUCCCUGAACACGUACAAGGCCUUGCUACCUCAGCAGUCCUACGGCGUGGCCCAGCCGCUGUAUUCUCCGGUCUGUACCAAUGGGGAGCGAUUUCUCUACCUGCCGCCACCUCACCACAUCAGUCCCCACAUCCCAUCAUCCCUGGCCUCGCCCAUGAGACUCUCGACGCCUUCGGCCUCACCCGCCAUCUCGCCUCUGGUCCACUGCGCGGACAAAAGCCUGCCCUGGAAGAUGGGCGUCAGUCCUGGGAACCCGGUCGAUUCCCACUCGUAUCCCCACAUCCAGAACAGUAAGCAGCCUAGGGUGCCCUCUGCCAAGGCGGUCACCAGCGGCCUGCCGGGGGACACGGCUCUCCUGUUGCCCCCCUCGCCUCGGCCUUCACCCCGCGUCCACCUUCCCUCCCAGCCCGCUGCGGACACCUACUCCGCGUUCCAUAAGCACUGUGCCAGGAUCUCCACCGCGCCCUCGGUCACCCUGUCGAAGCCAUACAUGACGGUCAGCAGCGAGUUCCCCGCGGCCAGGCUCUGCAGCAGCAAGUAUCCAAAGGCUCCAGAAGGAGCCGAAAGCACCCAGCCAGCUCCCGGGCACACCCGGAAAACAGCAGGCGAAGACAGAAAAGAUGGCAGCUCACCUCCUCUCUUGGAGAAGCAGACGGUUACCAAAGGCGUCACCGAUAAGCCACUAGACUUGUCCUCUAAAGUGGUGGAUGUAGAUGCUUCCAAAGCUGACCACAUGGAAAAGGUGGCUCCCACCGUCCUGGUUCACAGCAGAGCUGGAAGCGGCCUAGUGCUCUCCGGAAGUGAGAUUCCGAAAGAAACUCUGUCUCCUCCAGGAAAUGGCUGUGCUAUCUAUAGAUCUGAGGUCAUUAGCACGGCUCCCUCGUCCUGGGUGGUGCCCGGGCCAAGUCCUAACGAAGAGAACAAUGGCAAAGGCCUGCCGCUGAAAAACAAGGCCUUGGACUGGGCCAUCCCGCAGCAGCGCAGUUCUUCAUGUCCCCGCAUGGGCGCCGCCGACGCCGUGGUCACUAACGUUUCGGGGUCGGUGUCGAGCGCCGGCCGCCCAGCCUCUGCGUCGCCAGCCCCAAAUGCCACCGCCGAGGGCAGCGAGACCAGCAGGAGCUCCGUGGAUACCACGCCAUCCGUCAUCCAGCACGUGGGCCAGCCCCCGGCCACACCUGCCAAGCACAGCGGCGGCACCGGCAGCAAGGGCGCCAAAGCCAGCAACCCAGAGCCGAGCUUCAAAGCGAAUGAGAAUGGCCUCCCGCCGAGCUCAGUAUUUCUCUCACCAAACGAGGCGUUCAGGUCCCCACCAAUCCCCUACCCCAGGAGUUACCUGCCUUACCCAGCGCCCGAGGGCAUUGCCAUAAGUCCCCUCUCCUUACACGGCAAAGGCCCUGUCUACCCUCAUCCGGUGUUGCCCAAUGGCAGUCUCUUUCCUGGGCACCUCGCCCCAAAGCCGGGACUGCCCUACGGGCUCCCCACGGGCGGGCCGGAGUUUGUGACCUACCAGGACGCGCUGGGGUUGGGCAUGGUGCAUCCCAUGUUGAUACCUCACACGCCCAUCGAGAUCACUAAAGAGGAGAAACCGGAGAGGAGGUACCGGUCCCACGAGAGGACCCGCUACGAGGACCCAGGCCUCUGGAACCGGUUUUCUGAGAUGCUGGAAGCCGGCAGCACCAAGUUACAUCCAAAAGUCCCCGCGGACAAGAACCUAAAGCCCAGCCCCAGCUGAAAUCAAGGGAAGACCGUCGUCAAGAGUGACAAGCUUGUCUAUGUAGACCUCCUCCGGGAAGAGCCAGAUGCGAAAACCGACGCUAACGUGUCCAAACCCGGCUUCACAGCUGAGAGUGUCAGCCAGAGUGCCGAGCCCACCAAACCCCCGCCUGACCCGGCUCUACAGCCACACCGGGAUUUCAUUGCCCUGAGAGAGGAGUUGGGGCGCAUCAGUGACUUCCACGAAGCCUAUACUUUCAAAGAGGCUCCGGGCCAGCCAGUCUCAGGCUUAAGCAAGGAGAAUGUUCCAGUGGUAACCAACAAGAACCUGGCGACGCCGGUCUCGACUCCAUUCCUGGAGCCGACCCUGGGGAGCGACAGCUCUGCGGUCACUUUCGGGAAAACCCAAGAGGAUCCCAAACCAUUUUGCAUGGGCAGUGCCCCACCGAGUGUGGACGUCACCCCCACCUACACCAAAGACGGAGCUGACGAGGCAGGAUCAACCGAUGGCAAAGUUCUGAACCCGAAGCCAUCUAAGCUGGCAAAGAGAAUCGCAAACUCCGCUGGUUACGUGGGUGACCGGUUCAAGCGUGUCGCUACCGGACUGUACGCAGACUCCAGUCAGCUCGGCCGGGAGCAGCGGGCGUUGCAGCGUGCAGUGAUGCGCUUCUCAGAGUUGGAGAUGAAAGAGCGAGAAGGUGGCCACCCCACGACCAAAGACUCUGAGGUGCGCAAAUUCAGCCCCGCUGACUGGAAAAGGCUCAAAGGAAGUCAGGACAAAAAGCCAAAGUCGGUCGCCCCGGAGGAGGCCAUUGCCGACCAGAACGACAGUGAGAGAUUGUGCGUGCUUGUGGCCUGUGGCCUGCAGCCUGCUCCGGACCCCAGAAACCUCACGGGUGAUGGGGAGUGUUAUGAUGGAAGCAAACCUGACCCCUUCGAAGCCCCAGAAGACAGUGAUCUUCCUGAGGACAUGGACACGGAGCCCCCCAGAGAGUCCCCCGCCGACCACGCGGCCCCGGACGCGUCACGCAGCCCCACCCUUCGGCUGAACAGAAAGCGCAAGGUCUCUGGCAAUAGGAACCACACUGAGACCACUGUGCUCCCGGAGGACUCUCUGCUGAAAGCCAAGCCGAGACGGGUCUCCAAAGGGCUCCAUCCCAGAAAGCAGCGCCGCUUGCUGCACCUUAGAGAACGGCGGGAGCAGCAGGUGUCGGCAGCAGAGAGCAAACCUGGCCGGCAGGGCAGGAAGGAAGUGACCCAGGCGGUCCAGCCUGCGGUCACCCCCCAGGGCAAUAGCAUCUCCGAAGAGAAACCUGGCAGGAAAAGGGCAGAGGCCAAAAGCAACAGAAGCUGGUUGGAGGAGUCCCUUAAAUGCAGUGACAAUGAACAAGAUGUGCUGUGCAUGGACAAAGAAAUGGAUCGGCAGCCUUCGCCCCUGCCGCAGAAAUACACCGACAACAGCGAGAAACCAUCCGCGAAGCAACCAUGCAAAACCAAGCAUUUGAUCCCUCAGGAGCCCAGGCGGGGCUUGCCGCUGCCAGGGGACUCCUACGUGGACAAUGCGGAUGGCAAGUCCUCGCAGCUGACAUGCUCAAGCUCCCCUCCAGAGACCACCCAGUCCCGCCCGAUGCCACCGGAAGCGCGGAGACUUAUUGUCAAUAAGAACGCAGGCGAGACCCUCCUACAGCAGGCCUCCCGGCUUGGCUACGAGGAAGUGGUCUUGUACUGCCUGGAGAACAAGAUUUGUGAUGUGAACCACCGCGACAACGCGGGUUACUGUGCCCUGCACGAGGCUUGUGCAAGAGGUUGGCUCAACAUCGUACGACACCUCCUUGAAUAUGGCGCUGAUGUCAACUGCAGUGCCCAGGAUGGAACCGGGCCUCUCCACGAUGCUGUCAAGAAUGAUCAUCUCGAAAUUGUCCGCUUGCUCCUCUCCUACGGUGCUGAUCCUACCCUGGCUACGUACUCAGGUAGAACCAUCAAGAAAGUGAACCACAGCGAACUUCUGGAGAAGUUCUUAACAGACUGUUUAAAUAACCUGCAGGCUCCUGACGACUCUUCGGAGUUCUCUGGCAGCUGUGUGUGUGAACCAGAUGAUGAAAGUGGUUACGAUGUUUUAACAAAUCCCCCAGGACCGGAGGACCAGGAUGACAACAACGAGGCCUAUGGUGACCUAUUGGAAUCUGAAUUUUCUGAAGAACCCCUUUUGCCGUGUUAUAACGUCCAGGUGUCCGUCGCUCAGGGGCCUCGUAACUGGCUGUUGCUCUCAGACCUGCUCAGGAAACUGCAAAUGUCCUCCUGCAUAUUCCGCUGCAAUUUUCCAAAUGUGGAAAUUGUCACCAUCGCGGAGGCCGAGUUCUGCCGGCAAGUGUCAGCAAGUCACUUAUUCUCUUGCCCCAAAGACCUGGAGUCCUGUAAUCCAGAAAGUAAGGAGCUCUUAGAUCUGGUGGAGUUCACAAACGAGCUUCAGACUCUGCUGGGCUCAUCCGUGGAGUGGAUCCUCCCCAGAGACCUGGACUCAGACGACGACUGGUGAGCUCGCCGGGGCCCGCCGUGUACAGUGUGUCAUGGUGUUAAUCCUUGUGCAUAUGUGUCCUAAUACGACUAUUUCUGUAAAGAAAGGACACUAUGAGACACGACUCCAGUCGGAAGGACUUCAAAACAUGUUUUUUUCUUUUUAAAAUUUUAAGUCAGUUUUUAUGAAGUUGUUAAUAAAGUUUCUUUACUUUUCAAUGUA